AUGGACCCUCUAGCAGAAUAUAAGGAAUCGGUCCAGGAUCGCCUCGAAAAGGCUGACUUGGCCGUACAAGGGGUGUUAAACGAGAAUGUGAAGCUGAUGAGACAAUUAGAGUUGAAACAACAGGAGAUAGAAUCUUUGAAGGAACAAUUGCAAUCCGAUAAGACAAAGAUUUCUCAAUUGGAGGAUUCGAAAGCGGACGCAGAGGAACAAUCUGAGAUAAUGAAAGAUUUAUUCGAGCAAUUGUGUGGAGUAAGGAUACAUAAGACAUAUGAGGAUGAUCUAGGGCUGUGGUUUGAUACCAGUCAAGGGAACAAGAAUGGGAUAAUGGAUUACAAGUUAGGAUUCGUGAAGGGGAAGGACGAUGAGACGGAGAUUGUUUACGUACCGUUGUUGAAACAAAGGUCAGUACAAGAAUUGAAACAGUUACAAGAUCAGCUCCCCGAGUAUAUGUUCGAGACCCUCAGUUUUCCGCUAAAAUCGUUGAAUCAGUUUUAUAAUAAAUUAUCUAAAGGUUUGUCUAAGAGCGUGUGA